AUGUCGAAGGAGCCCGUAGAAGAGCUGAAGAAAGAGUUCGCCAUCCCCGAGGGCACAACCCAUAUCUUCCUCCCGAUCACCGACGGCGCCUCCAACCCCGCCAUCGCUGACGGUGGCUGCCAUUGGACGCUCCUGCUCAUCUCACUGAUCGACGGCGUCGCCUUCCACUACGACUCGAUGAGUCACUCGAACGAGGAGCCUGCGAGAGUCGUGACGCGCAAGGUGGAGCAGAUGCUCGGGAAGGAGCUUAAGUUCUGCGAGAUGCAGGAUGUGCCGCAGCAAAUGAAUGGGGAGGAUUGUGGGGUUAUUGUGUGUUUGCUUAUGCAGCAUUUGCUGUUGAAGCGCCUCCUCCAAGCCGGCAACCGCGAAAAGGUCACCAUGUCCAUGGCCGGCAGAGAACUCGACGCUACCAAAGGCCGCAAGGAGAUGCUCCGGUUACUGAAUGAGAAGAGACAGCAGCAGCUGGGCGGAGGGUCGUGA